AUGUUCGACGGCCGAGGAGAAUCCACAUCUCCUCGAGAUGCGACCGCGGAGACCGCCGAGACGGCCGAGGCCAACCUGAUGCGGAUCCGGCAGGAGGAGGACGCCCGCGAGCGGCGGGCGGAUCUGGAGAAUGAAUUGGAGUCGGUGCGGCAUUCGAUCGUGGGCCUGGAGCGCCAGAUUCAAGCGAUCAAGGAGGCGAGGGGUUGGUUCGUUAGACCCGGCAAGAAGAAGGUGCUGGGGAACGGCGCGCAUGCCGAAGUCUGGCGGGGGCUGGUGGAGAGGGGGGAGGUGGCCUGGAGCUGGGGGGGGCCCAAGCGCCAGGGAGCGAAAUCUGGGCGCGGCGGGAAGUCUGGAGGUCGAGGAGGGAGAAGGGGCAGGGAGGGGGGGGCCAGCGGUUUGAUUGGCAAGAGGGGCCGCAAGCCCACGGCGAAGGAGCGGCGGGUGAUGUCAAUCUGGGCGCAGUGCGUGACGAUCCUCAAUGCGCUGAAGAAGCACCGGUACGCGUGGCCGUUCCUAGAGGCGGUGGACCCGGUGGCGCUGAACAUACCGGAUUAUUUGGAUGUCGUUAAGAGGCCCAUGGACCUGGGGGAGGUGUCCAGGAGGGUGGCCCACGAGCCGGAGAAGGGGAUCUACAGGCAGUACGGCUGUCCCGCGGAGUUCAGGGACGACGUGAGGCAGAUUUGGAGCAACUGCAGGGCGUACAACCGGCCGGGGCAGGACGUGAGGGCCAUGGGGGACUUCCUGUCAGAGAUGUGGGAGAAGCGGUGGUGCCAGUCGGAGAUAGAGGAGAAGUGGAACGCGGAGGAGGGCGGAGGGAGCGGGCAGGGCUCCACGAGUGCCUUCAGCUCAGUGAACGGCUCCCUGAACACCAAAGGCCGGCGGGGCCCUCCCGGGGGUGACAACCCCAACCGGGAGCUGACUUUCCUGGACAAGCGGCGGCUGGCUCAACAGAUCGGCUCACUGCACGGCCCCCAGCUUUCCGGCAUCGCCGAGAUCCUCCUUUCCUCAGGAGUGCAGGAGAGCGAUGAUGAGAUGGUGCUCGACAUGGAGCAGCUGGAGACGCGCACGCUGUGGCGGCUCAAGCAGUACGUGGAUGGGAUCCACAGUGCACGGAAGAAGGGCAAGGGGCCUGUGAAGAAGAGUGUGCAGAUGGGCAAGACGGAGGUCAACGGGGUGGAGCAGUGCUCCUCGCAGAUGCUGGAGAGCGCGACUGUGGACUCCGACGCCGGAGAGAGCAGCGACCUGUCCCUCGGAACCACAUAG